AUGGGCACCGGAUACAGAACCCAAGCGUUAUAUAUUGGCUCAACGCCGGACCCUGCUCGACGUCUGGCUCAACAUAAUGGGCUCUGCAAAGGGGGCGCUCGCCGAACGGCGGAUGAAAAGCGACGGCCAUGGGAAAUGGUGAUGGUUGUAGAAGGUUUUAUGAGCAAGAUUGCAGCGUUGCAGUUUGAAUGGGCAUGGCAGCACCCGGCGGCUACUCGACAUCUCACGGCAGACGCUCCAAGCAAGGAGCAGUCGAAGACCCAUGAAGGGAUCGAAGAUGAUGAUGCAGUAAAGAAGCCUCAACAAAAGACUAAAGGCCUGACAGAUUCCAGAGCUACUGGUGAGCGUGAAGACGAUGGGAAGAAAAAGACAAAGAGGAAACCACCAGCUCGACGUACUCGAACUUCUUUGAAGGCUCACCUGGAAGAUCUACAUCUUUUGCUACGUUCGACAUACUUCAAAGAAUGGCCUCUUAGUUUGCGAUUUUUUGCUGCGGACGUCUCACAGCAAUGGAGAUGGUUGUGUGGCCGCGUAAACGAGAGCAUUCCAACUCAUAUCAAGAUGGUCGCGGAUGGCAACUGUGCGGAUACUUCCCCCCAAUGUGACCACAGUCUGGGGGUUGGCAGCGUUAGGGAGAUUGGAGUCGACUAUACGCCCAUCCGGGAUUACUUGGAGAAGGCCACGUUCUUGCUGGACGACAUGCGAGGCUCAUACUGCAAAAUCUGUAAGGAGCAGUAUGUAGAUAAUGACUGGGCAGUUGUUUGCCCAGAGGCGGACUGUACCAGUACUACUCAUCUGCUGUGUUUGUCGAGAACGUUCCUGGAUGCCACGGAGGAUCCAGAACGUCUUGUUCCGCUCACUGGAAAGUGUCCUACGUGUGCUCAGACUGUUCAAUGGCCUCUUAUGAUGAAAGAGCUGAGCAUCCGAACACGGGGCGGACGAUUGCUGCAUAAUAUGCUGAAAAAAGGCGGAAAGAGGACUAGAACAAUACAGAAGGCGCAAGAUGCCACGGCAGAGUCAGAUGAUAAUGCAUCCGCUGCGGAUAUCGCAGUUGACGCAUCGCACGAGGACAGCGAUGACACGGAUUCUCUGAUCGACUACUGGGAUCGCAUUCUGGGCUCCGAUUCAGAGUCUGGCGCAAGCAUCCACUCGCAGUAUGGUUCGAAAGCUUCAGGGACCGAAGUGAACAUUGAAAAGAACGUUUUUCUCGACAAUGGGCUGCUGGAUUGA